GACUCACUACUAAUGAAAAGCAUAAUCUCCGUCUUCUUCUUUUUCUUCUCUUUCUCACUCGUCGUCGUCUCCUCUCGGCGGCCUAUCUCCUCCGAUCCAUGCAACCCUAGAAACCUGCCGGACCCAAGAACCCUCCGACUGGAUCAGGUAACCGUCCUGAUCAACGGCUACUCCGAAUCACGGCUCCAUCUCCUCCAUUCGAUCGCCAUCACGUACUCCUCCAGUCCCUCCGUCGCCGCCGUAUUCAUUCUCUGGGGCAACCCCACCACCUCACACAGAAUCUUAACCCAACUAAACGAAAACCUCACUUCCUCCUAUCUCGGCGGCGCACCGAUCUCCAUACUUCGCCAAUCCUCCGACAGUCUCAACGCGCGAUUCCUCCCGAGACCGUCCUGGAUCACAACGCGCGCCGUCGCGAUCUGCGACGACGACGUGGAGAUCGAUUCCGAAUCGGUCGAGUUCGCGUUCAACGUGUGGAGGUCUCAUCGAAACCGCCUGGUCGGAUUCUUCGCGAGAUCGCACGAUCUCGAUCUGGUGUCGCGUACGUGGAUCUACACCGUCCAUCCGGACAAGUACUCGAUCCUGCUGACCAAGUUCAUGAUGCUGAACACGGACUAUCUCUACAGGUACAGCUGUGGGGCCCACGUGAAGGAGAUGAGGGAGGUGGUGGAUCGGAUGAAGAACUGCGAGGAUAUAUUGAUGAAUUUCGUGGUGGCGGACGAGUCGGGUUCGGGGCCGGUUUUGGUGGGAGCGAGGAAGGUGAGGGACUGGGGGGACGCGCGUAACGAUGACGAAGGGAGGGGAGUGAGGGAUGUGGGGUUGAGCAGCAGGAGAGGGGAGCAUAGGAAGAGGAGGGGAGAGUGCAUACGAGAGUUUCAUAGGAUUAUGGGGAGAAUGCCGCUGCGGUAUAGCUAUGGGAAGGCAGUUAAUUCGGUUGGUGAACAGGGGCUCUGUGAGAAAGGAGGGAAGUUGGUGUUUUGUGAUGAACAAAUCCUCGUUUGAACUUUGAAUGACAAAAGAAAAACGAUUAGGAAGUGUA